UCCAACGCCGCCGCCGCUCCUUUGCUCCAUUCCCCUUGCCAAACCCUCGCUCCACCAGACGACCUGCCGGCAACCACGCUCGACGAGCCGACCCGCAAUGCCUCCAGGGGGAGGAGGAGGAGCAACGGGCGAACAAAGAUUCGGGGAGCAGGACCUCCCACCGGCGACUGGCCACGGGUGCCGCGACGAGGGGCCCCCAUCCCGUUCGCCGUCGCCGCUGACGCCGUUGCUGCCUGGCCUGGCCGUCACCCCCGUCGCCUCUGAGAACAAGAAGAUCAGGCGGGAGGAUGGGCAGCAGGGCGAGGAGGAGACCCCGGCGAGCUUCCCGGAGGACGUUCUCAUCGAGAUCCUGUCGCGGGUGCCCUACAUCUCGCUCUUCCACUUCAAGUGCGUGUCCAAACAAUGGUUCGCCCUCUGCUCUGCCCCCGACGUCCGCAAGAGGUCGCCGCAGACCUUGUCUGGCUUCUUCCACUUCAAUCUCGGGUGGCGUUUCCACAAUUUGUCCGGGAAAGAUCCUCCCAUCUUCGACUCCAAUCUCCGUUUCUUACGCGGCAGCUACAAAUUUUUCAGUAUCCAACAAUGCAGCACCAGCCUUCUCCUUUGCAAAUGUUGGAAAUCGUGCUAUCCUAGGCAACGCAGUUGGAAUUUCGUCCCGAAUCCAAAGCCCGGGCAAUGUUUCAAAUGGCCCGAGGCUAAGGAGUUUGAUUAUGUUGUCUGCAAUCCUGCUACUCAGCAGUGGACUGUGUUGCCUCCUAUAAAAUUGCCUGACGACCUUUCACGUUUCAGCCUAGACAAAUACUUCUUGAGCUUUGACCCGGUCACCCCGUCCCGCUUUGUGGUGUUUGUGCCCCUGGACACAUAUUAUGAAUAUGGCCUGUCCGCGGCCAUGAUCUACUCAUCGGAAACUGGAGGGUGAACUUCCAUGCAGAGUCAGCACAAUGAUAGCAGUGCAUAUUGGGUUAGUGAUUCAGAAAGCACCUUCCUAAAUGGCAUUAUGCAUUUCCCUACUUGAUCUUCGUCAAUAGUCACAGUGGACAUGAAAAGGAAUGCUUGGGGGGAAAUUGAAAUGCCACCUGGCAUGCCAAACAACUAUGGCGGUGCUUCCAUUGGGCAGUCACAGGGACGCCUGCAUGUUUGGGAACAGAAUCAAGAUGGUUGCCAACUCUCUAUUUGGGUUCUUGAGAAUUAUGAUAGUGGACAGUGGACCCUAAAGUGUACCAUUAACUGCUUUGAACUGUUUGGAAGGGAUUGUUGCAAAAACGAUGAGUACUACUCGAUGUUUGCAAUUCAUCCAGAAUGUGAUUUGAUUUUCCUUACUGACAAUAAGAAGGCAUUGUCAUAUGAUAUGGAUAAUCAGGAAGUGCAUGCUAUCUGUGCCACUGGAGAUUUCUUGGAAGGUCUACCUUACACUCCGUCUUUUGCGGAAUGGACAUCAGAUGGUCACUAAAGGCUUGCAAUACUUGGCAUGGCUCUAGUGUCUUAGUAAACAUCAGUUGUCGGGUAUAUCCCAAUUCUUGAAGAUGUGUGUUGGAUUAGUCUUGCGUAGCCAUGAAGAAUUUGUAACUGCCCUAUUUGCUUUCAUGUAAUAAUUGUUGAUGUCACUCUUUUAGCUUCUCGUAUGGGGACAAAUGUGAGACAAAUAUAUUAUC